CUUUUCUUAUCGAGGAAAGUAGGAAUUAGGCAUAGGUUGAAGGAAGCCUUCAUGAUUACGGCAGGAGCCGCGAGGCCAGCAUUGGUGCCACAGGUGCCGAAACGUUAAAUGCAUGGGAGUACGGAAUUACUUACUGUCUUACUUACUUUGGUACCCGGAACAGUAGUUCAGCCUCUAUUUAAGUUACUAAGCAGGGCUAAAGUUACAUUUUGACCAGCGCUUGUUGUCCUCUGGCGACGUCAUCUCAACCCAAUCCUGCACACUGGAUACGCAUCUCUCGUUCUUGCAACUACGAUUAUCACUACAUACUCACCUAAAAUGAAACCAAUCGUCUUGAACACUUAGUGGACCGUCCACACGAUCGACAUUGAUGAAUCGUAGUCAUGUCGAGCAUCAAGCGGACGCCAUCACGACCUGCGCAUCAUGCCAACAACGCAGGCACUUCUUUCAUCAAUCCGUGGCCGUCAGCAAGUAAGCCCAGCUGGGCAGAGCUCACCAAAGCUUCAUUUCCAUUUGGGCGGUACGAAGUUGGCCUACACAGCCAUCGGAAAGCCCGCGAUGUCAAAGUCGUCACCCCCGAUUGGGGCAUUACGAGUCUGAAAAAGUGCAAAGCCGACAAAUCCAAGUCCAUCAUUGGCACAUGGCUCGGCCACGCUGGUGCGCUGGUGGAGGUUCCGUCAUUAGACAAGAAGGAGCAGAAGAGUCUAUGGCUGCUCAUCGAUCCAAUAUUCUCCUCGCGCGCAGGACCGACACAAUACAGCGGAGUCGCUAGGAUGAAGCAAAGCCCAUGCCAGGUGGAUGAUCUGCCGGGUUGCGACGCCGUGUUCAUUUCACACAAUCAUUAUGAUCACCUGGACUUGUCAACCAUCAAGGCCCUAGGGCAACGGUUCCCCGAAGCAAGGUAUUACGUACCACUGGGGAUCAAGCAAUGGAUGUUGUCCUGUGGAAUCCCGGACAAACUAGUCUACGAACUUGACUGGUGGCAGAAUCGUGAAUACAGUCUAGCAGAUUUCCAUCACCAAGCUGUCGAGGUGUCUGACAGCCAGACCAUCUUCAGAUUUACCUGCGUGCCUGCUCAGCACAACUCUGGAAGGGGGCCCAUCGAUCAGGGCGGCACGCUUUGGUGUGGAUGGGUCAUAGAGAGAUUGUUGCGCUCCAAGGACGAAUCAGCCGAAUCCCAAUUCGCAAGGAAAGGCUCCAUAUACCACGCAGGGGAUACCGGCUAUCGCAGAAUAACAGGAUCUGAGUCUGUCUGCCCUGCUUUCAAAGAGAUAGGCAACAGGUUCGGUCCAUUCGACUUAUCUUUUGUGCCGAUAUGGCGCGGCGGCAGUCUGGGAUUCAUAUCCUACAUUGGACUCAGGAUAUCGCAUCACGACAUACCCUCGGCGUUGCACGGUUCCCCAGCUGACGCCGUCGCUAUUCACAAGGACGUCAAGUCGCGAAACACUAUUGGAAUCCACUUUGGCACGUUCAUUGGGUCGGUGAACGAAUCAUACGAGGCGGUCAUUGAAUUUGGUCAGGCAUGCGAUGAGUUUGGUGUGGGAGAUCUUGAGGAUGAGGUUGAAGGCGAAAACGGACGUGCAGGAACCCUCGAUAUCGGUGCAAGUCUUGCUAUUGAGAUCGCCUGAUGCUGCACCACGGCUUGAGUCAUCAUGCAUUGCAGAUCUGGAUCCCAGCCAGGAAGGAUGACGUUGUGAACGCUGGCUAUUACUAAAAGAUCCCGAGGUCUACGCUGGCGAAUUUGCGGCGUCAGAUUCAAUCUUUGAGAUGCUGAGCGGCCAAGCAGAGACGGUGAAAUCAUUCGUGAGGCCCACAUGCCUUGACGAGGCCAACAGCGGUACGUGAAAGGAGACGCCUCCGAUGUACCUUCUCUCUGGAAUCAUGGUCUUCCCACUCAAUCUGCCUCGCGACGCUGUCAAAGAUAGCAA